AUGAAGAACCAGUGCCUCGCUCUGCUGUUCCUCGGGCUGCUGGCCUGCGCCCUCGCCCAGGACAACACCGUGACCGUGACCAAGGCCACCGAGACCGUUCCCACCACCCAGAUCGUGGGCAGCACCGCCACCACCGGAACAGUCGCUCAGCCUGUGCUCACGCUGUCGACCUCUUCGGCGUCCUCGCUCAGCCCGUUCUGGAUGUUGUGA